GCCGCGUUGUUAUGUAUGCCCGAAGACCGAGAGGUCCGAGGAGCUGUCGUGGUCGGGUUUGUCCAAUGAUAUAAGAUGUUCAUUGCCCAUUUCAAUAUACAACUUCAUUUAUCUUUCCACACUUUAUAUUUCUGUAUAAUCCCUCUUGCACCUUUUGUACUUUCGUAUCAUAUACCCAUUCUUACGUUAUCUUAUAUUCCUAUAAAACAUAAUGUCUGCAUCAUCAGCACCAUUCAAGACUCUUGAGGGCAAAGUCGCCCUCGUGACAGGUUCCGGUCGUGGAAUUGGUCGAGGUAUUGCUCUUGAGCUUGCUGCUCGUGGUGCAAGUGUUGUUAUCAAUUACGCCAACUCUGCUGGACCAGCGGAAAAGGUUGUCAAGGAAAUCGAGGAACUCGGUAGCAAGGGAUUUGCUAUCAAAGCCGAUGUCUCCAAGGUACCAGAAGUCAGACGUUUGUUCGAGGAGGCUAAGGCACAUUUCGGUAAACUCAAUAUUGUUAUGAGCAAUUCGGGUACCGAAAUCUUCAAGGAGGAGGAAGAUGUUACCGAAGAGGAUUACGACAGAGUUUUCGGCCUUAACACCAGAGCACAAUUCUUUGUUGCUCAACAAGCUCUUAUCCACCUCGAGGAAUACGGAAGAAUUGUUUUGAUGUCUUCCAUCGCUGCCAAUAUGUCCGGUGUACCAAACCAUGCUUUGUACGCUGGAAGUAAGGCAGCCGUCGAAGGUUUCGUUAGAUCUUUCGCCAAGGACUGUGGUAAAAAGAAGAUUACAUGCAACGGUAUUGCUCCCGGUGGAAUCAAAACCGAUAUGUACGAGCAAAAUGCAUGGCAUUACGUCCCAGGCGGAUUUGAAGGCAUGGAUGUAGAUAUCAUUGAUAAGGGACUUGCUUCUGUAUGCUCACUUGGACGUGUCGGUGUUCCACAAGAUAUUGGAAGAGUUGUAUCAUUCUUGGCAGGCCCUGAAUCUGAAUGGGUCAAUGGACAAAUUCUUCAACUCAAUGGUGGUGGAAAGUAAAUAGUAAUAUCGCGUGGAUCCAAAGUCGAUCGAGUUAUGCAUCAUGAAUUGUCGGUUCUUUGCAGGAGUACCCCGUCCGGUUUGUAAACGGUAAAAAUCUAGGGAAACAUAGAACGAAUGAAAAAUUUAAUAACAUCGCUAAACAUCA